AUGGAUAAUGGUCAUACUAAGACGGUGGAGGAGGUCCUGGGCUUCUUCAAUGUGAACGAGUCUACAGGUCUGAGCUGUGAGCAGCUAAAGAAGACCAGGGAGAGAUGGGGACCCAACGAAUUGCCAGCUGAGGAAGGGAAGUCACUCUGGGAACUGGUCCUGGAACAGUUUGAGGAUCUGUUGGUUCGAAUCCUGCUGCUGGCUGCGUGCAUCUCCUUUGCCCUGGCCUGGUUUGAAGAAGGGGAGGGGACAAUCACAGCCUUUGUUGAGCCCUUCGUCAUCCUCCUCAUCCUCAUCGCCAACGCUAUUGUUGGAGUCUGGCAGGAGCGUAACGCAGAGAACGCCAUCGAGGCGCUGAAGGAGUACGAGCCAGAGAUGGGCAAGGUGUACCGCCAGGACAAGAAGAGCGUCCAGAGGGUCAAAGCCCGAGACAUCGUUCCGGGAGACAUUGUGGAGGUCGCUGUUGGUGAUAAAGUCCCAGCUGACAUCAGGCUCACGUCCAUCUGUUCCACUACUCUGAGGGUGGACCAGUCCAUUCUGACAGGGGAGUCUGUGUCAGUGAUCAAACACACGGACCCCGUACCAGACCCCCGGGCCGUCAACCAGGACAAGAAGAACAUGCUCUUCUCUGGUACCAACAUUGCAGCGGGCCGUGCCAUCGGGGUUGUCGUGGCAACGGGGGUGCAGACAGAGAUUGGGAAAAUCCGAGAUGAGAUGGCCGCCACUGAGCCUGAAAGGACCCCCCUCCAACAGAAGCUAGACCAGUUUGGAGAACAGCUGUCUAAGGUCAUCAGUGUGAUCUGUGUGGCAGUGUGGGCCAUUAAUGUGGGACACUUCAGUGACCCGGUCCACGGAGGCAGCUGGCUGAGAGGAGCUGUUUACUAUUUUAAGAUCGCUGUUGCGCUCGCUGUAGCUGCCAUACCAGAAGGCCUCCCAGCAGUCAUCACUACCUGCCUGGCUCUGGGCACCAGGAGGAUGGCCAGGAAGAACGCCAUCGUCCGCAGCCUGCCAUCCGUGGAGACACUGGGUUGCACAUCUGUUAUCUGCUCUGACAAAACAGGAACACUAACCACCAACCAGAUGUCAGUCUGCAGGAUGUUUGUGGUAGACAGUGUGUCAGGGGAGCGCUGCAGCCUGAACGAGUUCACUGUGACUGGAUCUACUUACGCCCCUGAAGGGGAAGUUUAUAAGGACGGCUCAUUGGUGAAGCCCAGUCGCUAUGAAGGUCUGGUGGAGAUGGCCUCCAUCUGUGCGCUGUGCAAUGACUCAUCGCUGGACUAUAACGAGGCCAAGGGCGCAUUUGAGAAGGUUGGGGAGGCAACAGAGACGGCCCUCUGCUGUCUGGUGGAGAAAAUGAACGUAUUCGACUCUGACCUGAUAGGACUGAGGCCUGCUGAGAGAGCUACAGCAUGCUGCUCCGUGAUUAAACAGCUGAUGAGGAAGGAGCUGACGUUGGAGUUUUCCAGAGACAGGAAGUCCAUGUCCGUCUUCUGCUCAUCCAAUAAACUCACCAGGUCUACCUCUGGAGCCAAGAUGUUUGUCAAGGGCGCUCCAGAGACUGUGUUAGAGCGGUGUAAUUAUAUCCGGGUCAGCGGUUCUUCUCGUGUGCCUUUGAGUUUGGCGGUUCGAGAGCAGCUCUUGUCAAAUGUGAGGGAAUGGGGGUCGGGCCGAGACAUGCUGCGUUGCCUAGCCAUGGCAACCAGGGACACGCCCCCUGACAUCCGCAGCCUCAACCUGGAGAACUCUGCUGUCUUUGCUGACUAUGAGUCCGACCUGACCUUUGUGGGCUGCGUGGGCAUGUUGGACCCCCCCAGGAAAGAGGUGCUGAGUGCGGUCCGAAUGUGUCGACAGGCUGGCAUAAGAGUCAUCAUGAUCACAGGGGACAACAAAGGGACAGCCCUGUCCAUCUGUCGGAGGGUGGGCAUCAUCACGGAGCAGGAUGAAGAGCAGGGCGGGAUUAUCGGGGGCCUUACGGGGCGGGAGUUUGACGAGCUGCCGCCUCACCUGCAGCGUCAGGCCUGCAGGACAGCGAGGUGCUUCGCCCGGGUGGAACCGGCACACAAGAGUCGUAUUGUGGAGUACCUGCAGAGCCUCAAUGACAUCACUGCCAUGACAGGCGAUGGGGUGAACGACGCCCCUGCAUUGAAGAAGGCAGAGAUUGGCAUCGCUAUGGGCAGCGGCACAGCAGUGGCAAAGUCAGCCUCUGAGAUGAUCCUGGCUGAUGACAACUUCUCCACCAUUGUGGCUGCAGUGGAGGAGGGCAGAGCUAUUUACAACAACAUGAAACAGUUUAUCAGAUACCUGAUCUCAUCCAACAUAGGAGAGGUGGUCUGUAUUUUCCUGACGGCCGCACUUGGCAUGCCUGAAGCCCUGAUCCCAGUACAGCUGCUAUGGGUCAACCUUGUCACUGACGGUUUCCCAGCAACGGCUCUGGGCUUUAACCCCCCAGAUCUUGACAUCAUGUCCCGCCCCCCACGCUCCCCCAAAGAGCCUCUGAUCUCCAGUUGGUUGUUCUGUCGCUACCUUAUUGUCGGAUGUUAUGUGGGAGCAGCGACUGUCGGAGCUGCUGCCUGGUGGUUCAUGGCAGCCCACGAUGGACCAAAGCUGUCCUUCUAUCAACUGUCCCACUACCUUCAGUGCAGUGAAGGCCACGAUGAGUUUGCUGGUGUGCAGUGUUCUGUCUUUGAGUCUCCUUAUCCAAUGACCAUGGCCCUGUCCGUCCUGGUUACCAUAGAGAUGUGCAAUGCCUUGAACAGUCUGUCAGAGAACCAGUCCCUUGUGAAAAUGCCCCCCUGGUCUAACCCCUGGCUUGUGGGGGCCAUCUGUCUGUCCAUGGCUCUACACUUCCUCAUUCUUUAUGUUGACCCCCUGCCGGUGGUUUUCCAGAUACGCCCUCUGUCAUGGCCUCAAUGGGUGGUGGUGUUGAAGAUGUCACUUCCUGUAAUCUUGAUGGACGAGGCACUCAAGUUCCUGGCCCGUAACUACAUUGAGCCAGGAAGCCAGGUCCAGUCUCUGGAAGAGGAAGAGGAGCAGCGGAGAAUGGGGCCCAGCACGGGAUUGGUCGGGGCCAUGAUGGCGGGGCUGCGCCAGUCACUGAAGGGUGUCUCCUGGUCCUUUGUCCUGAUCUCUGCACCGCUGUUGAUCUGGAUCUUCAGCCUGGACUCUGACAUCACCAACAUCUUCUGGGAGUGAUGGAAGAAUGAGAGGACAGGCAGUCUGGUGGAAGAGGAGAAAAAGGAUUGUUGAAAUAAGAUGCAGAAGAUUGGGUGUAUACGGGUGAGGGGAGAAGAUGGGAUGGGACAAAGAAACAAGCAACGAUGAUAACUCAUCCGCUGGGAUACAAAAAUGUAAGGGAUAUAGAGUGAAAUAUUAAAACAACAGACAAUCAGAUAACACUAAGUAGGAAAUAGCACCUCCUCGUCAAUGCUAAAAGGUGCUAUGUGUAGCAUUUCAUGUGAAUCCCACAGCUCAAUUAGACCGUAGUGCUAUGAGUUAGGAAGGCCAAAGCCCAGUUUGUCUGUCCAACACUUGAGCCAAGCCUGAAAUAAUUCUCUGACAUGAUAUUGCUUUAGCUGUACUUCAACCUUUGCAUUCUAAAAUACUAUGGUAUGACAAACAUUAGCAUGUUAGCAUGCUAUAAACCAUUUUUCUGUUAGGGACUCACAACGUGAUAAUCAAUGUUUCCCAACUCCUCUGGCUUGUGACGGGUUGCAUCUAUUGCCAUGGUUGCACCAGCUUUUCAUAACCUUCAUAUAUUUUCAACAGCUAGAUUCAAGCUAGUCACUAGCUAGUGUCUAUAGCGCCUUCCCCACCAGACAAAAGACCAACAUCUGGCUUUCGUCUUCAGUAGGACGGGUUACGAGCGGCCUGUGAAGGUCUCUGCACAAGUCAAAGAGAUUUAUCCUAUCGGCCUUGAUGGACAUAUGACACCAGAGAGGACACAAUAUAUUACGCUUCUUUUCCAGAACCUUCUUUGUCAUCUCAGCCACAAAUUCUGCCAACUCUGUCCAAAUAGCACUCAAGCAUUGUUAAUAAGUGAAUAGGAAGCAGGUUUGUAGAGCUACUAAACUAGUAACUACUGGCAAUGGGAAGGAGUCAUCAAUGUUUAAAAAACCCAAAUAAAUGCCCUAAUAACUGUGGACUAAAGUUUGCCGGACCAAUAGUGUCUGCCUGUUCUCUUUGUUAUAUCUUUAUAUUAGAAUUUUAGAAGUGGACACAUGCGCUGUUAGUUGAAAGUAUUGAAUUUAUUUAAAUCAAAUUGAAGAGAAGCAGAUAAAGAAACACUUUUAGAUUUAUGUGUGAGCUUCUGUAAUGUUAAGCGGUUUGAACUCUUAAGUUAGAAGUUCGGUAAUGAUUUUGGUAGAGCACCCAUUUUUAUGGUACAUGUGGUUUUCUGGUGUAGAGAUGCAGGUUUAACUCCAUAGUAACUGUCUUUUUGUUGCCCUGUGAGUCCCGAUAUCUCCUCGUUUAUGGCCCAACACCAAGCGUGUGGCCACAAACGGUAACAACCCCUUCGGAUCAUAAAGCAUAAAGGUCCACCGGUUAUAAGUGUGCUGGGACUGGUGUUCAGAAUAAGCAGCCCAGGUGAUUACCUUCUUUAAGAGACUGGCUUUUUGUUUCGAAAGUUUAUUGAGAGCCAGUGUUUGCAUAUGCAAAUGAGGCAUCAUCUUAUUACAAAUGUCCUAAUAAACAUUUCCUGAACUUACAUGUAAACACUGGAUGAAGCCUGAUUCACAAGUCCUAUUUCGCUCAGUCGACAUGUUAGACAAAGGUUUUUUCAGGGGGGAUAUUAGAUAUCCCUUUGUAUCAGGCCUGAGGGUCUAAGAACGAGCACGAGACAUUACGGAAAGAAAGUUUUAAAAGGGUUGACGUGGACUUCCUCAUAGCAUUGAACUGCCUUCACAGUCAUUCGGUUCCCCAUAUUCACAUUAAGUGCUUCAUGUCCAGUACCGGUACUGGAUGUGAACAUACAAAUGUGGUUCUUGAUGUUAUCCUUCAUUCCAGCAGUCACUGUCUGCUCUCAUACGUUGAGUCGUCCUCUGAUCGAACAGGGAAUUUGAGUUUGUUUUUGGUUGGAAUUUUCUGCAGUGAUGCCAUCGAGGGAUUUUUAUUUUUAUUUGUGAACAAAGCUUUUUUGAUCGCUGUUAUUCUAAUAGCUUUUGCUCUAUGUCACGUUUAGUAUAAAGGGAUCAAUUCUUCGUUCCUCUGAGCCGUGUACAGCUGCAGAGCUCAGACUAACACAACGUAACUCACAUUUUUAUGGCAUAUUCUUGUAAAUUUGGAGUUGGACUUUAUUCUUGGGACACACAUUUCAGAAUAAUGACUUUACUCGUAAUGUUACAACAUGUUCUCAUAAAAUUGUUGAAGUGGUAAACCAACUCAUGCAGUUUUUUGUUAUUGUUUUUUAUUUUCCUUUAUUCAAAAUAUGUUUUUUUUCAAUGCUCCUGUCUGCUAGGAAUCCAAACCAAUAGAGGAUCAUUUUACUUACUCGUUUUGUUUGCUUUUGCUCAUUUUCUUACAUGGUCAUUUGGGUUUUGGCACAGAUAUGAUGGAAUAAAUGCAGGUAGAUGCACUUAAUUAGACUAUUCAUUAUUUAUUCCUGUUUUAUUGAGUCCCAAUGUUAACACUUAGUUUCUCGGGCCCCUGCUUGUGAGUGGAAGGACGCGUUGAUGAGGGUCCAGACUAUAAAUGGAUGCUUGUUCUUGACUGAGCACCUUGUUUCAAUAAAUGUUGAAUAACAAGAUUCCACAUUGUUCUUUUAUCUCCCAGAAACAUUUCCACUCAAGCUAAACAAUGCAGGACCAUGCACUAGGUUCUAUUUGUAACUUCUUUUCUAAAUCAUUCCACUUCUGAAGGGUUUGUUGAUGAUGUUAGAGGUUAAAAAAACAAGAAUAAACUAAAUCGUUGAGAAUUUC